AUGGCUACUCUAACUCGCGACCCGCAGUUCCAUUCCAGCUCGUUUGCUCUCGUGCCCAAAAAGGACAAACCUAUUCAUUUGGAUGGACGAAUCAUUCACGACUUGUCAGCGCCAGACGGACAGUCUGUCAACGACCAGACCGAUUCCACUGCUUCGCCGGAUGCGACCUGGAACCAGUUUGUUUCUAUUGCUCGCCGUGUGCUCGAAUUUCGCCGCCGGUACCCUGGAUACACUAUUUAUGCUAUGAUCGCGGAUAUCGCCGAUGCCUUCCAUCACGUUCCUACCCCCGCUCGGCAUGCUUCGAUUUUUUGGGGGUCAAUUGCCGCGCUCUGA